AGGAAGAACGCUUAUCUUAAGAUAAAUAUAAAAUUCAUUCAAGUUUAUUUUGCAAGGCUAAAAACAGAUAUCUCUGCUCAUCUCUGCAUCUUAUUAGUUUGAAAGCAAUUAACAAAAUGGGUCGCAUUCGCUUAACUUACCAGAUUAUCUGAGAAGUAAAAAUAAGGAAAUCAAUGUAAAACAUCAACAUCGUUUGACUCUGUGCAUGCCUUGUAUGUUCAUUUGUUUUAAUAAAAAAAGAUGGCUUGGCAAGUCCAGCGGAAUGUUGCCAUUUGUGCGUACUCUUUAUAUUCAAUGUAAGAUUCUGUGGUUUGUGAAUACGCAGCCAAUUUUGUUACCGAUUAAAGAAAACCAAUUUCAUUACCAAUGCGUCAAACAUAACCUAUAAAUCAUCAAAUAUAUUAAUAUAAUCAAAUAUAAACAAAUUCUUAAAACUACGAAAUAAAAAACUUUAAUUACGUUAGUGGAUUAUGGGCUUUAAUUUGUUUGUAGUAUUUGACAUGAGUUUAACGGAUAUUUCAAAAGAAUUCACCGAGAUUACCCUAACAGAAAUUAUUAAGAAAGCAGGCGGUAGUAUAUAUACUUCCUAUAAAUUUGGUAAAACGUUUAAAAAAGGUGAUUCGUAUCUUAGCAAAGUUUUUCGUUUAAGCGUUUAUGGUCUCAACGAAGAUAAUGGUAGAACUGUGGAAGUACAUCUGAUUGUUAAGGCUAUGCCUCAAAAUAUGGCAAGACGGGCAGUUUUCCGUUCAGCGGAUUUCUUUCGCAAUGAAAUAAAUUUCUAUACCUAUGUUAUACCUGCAUGGGAACAAUUUCAAAAACGACACUCACCUCAACGUGCUUUCAGAGAGUACCCUAUUUGUUACGUGUCAUACUGUGAUGGUGAAAAUGAUUUUAUUGCUCUAGAAGAUGUAAAUGUUUUUGGUUAUAGUUCUCCUAUUCGGCAAGAGUGCAUUAGUCUGGAAGAAUGCCUUUUAACAAUGAGCACAUUGGGCCGUUUUCAUGGCAUUUCAUUGGCAUUUAAUGAGCUAGAACCUGAGAAAUUCGAAGAAACCUGCAAAUACUUAAAAGAAACAUAUUUUGCUGAAAAAUACCGGUCGUGGUAUAAAGAUUUUUUAAAAUGUGCUUCUGUAGUGGCUCGGGAUGCUGUAAAACAAACUUUUCCGGCCACAAAGUGUGAAACAAUAGCAGAUAAUUUUCUGCAAGAAAAUUUAUACGAUGACUUAAUAAGCUUGGUAUCAACAAGAUCGAAACUUUCCGUUGUCACUCAUGGUGAUUGUUGGACACCCAAUUUUCUAACGCGUUGCUCUCCAGAAGGCAGAGUGGAGGCCGUUAUAAUGAUAGAUUUUCAACUGGCACGUUUUGCUUCUUUAGCCUUGGACAUUUCUUUUUUUAUGUAUUCUUGUGUUAGCCAAAGUUUGCGUGACAGUCAUUAUGAAACUCUACUAAAAACUUAUCAUGAGAGUGCUAGCAAAACAAUUAGCGCUUUGGGAGCAGAUUCGGAAAAAGCCUUAGCUUGGUCUGAAUUGACUAAAGAAGUCAAGAAUAUGGGCCGAUUUGGUUGUGGUAUGGGCAUUGAAUCUUUGCCAUUGUCGAUGAUAGAAGAUGGCGAAGUUAAGGAUUUGGACGAGAUAACCGCAGAUAAAACAUUAAGCGAUAUAUGGAAUAUAAAGCCGUUCAAGGAUGCCAGGAAGAGGCAACGUAUAGCAGAUAUGUUCAAACAUGCCGUUGAUUUAGGUUACUUAAAGUAAAAAAUUUUUAUUAUGUAAAACUUCCUUUAAUUUCUGAUUUUAUUACAUAUUGCAAGGAAAACAG